AUGGCUGUGUUGGGUGGGGCUGUAUCAGGACUGCAGGCCAUGGAUGUUGAGGACCUGGUGCCCCUGUGUCCACUGCGGGGACCUGAAUUCUUCAAUCCGAAGAUAAAUCCUUUUUUCUGGACGUUGGCUUGUGGGUUGUCCUGGGCAUCACAGACAGGCUUACAAUUUGAGACUGAUGAAAGCAAGGAAGGAGAAAGGGACAGGAAAACGCAAGCGGGAGGGAUGCGGGAGAAGCCGAGCUGGGAGUGCCAUAGUUGUCCCCAAGAGUUGUCCUUUCAGGCACUGCCAGCAGUGAUGAGUGCGGUGAGGGUGGCCGGCGUGGCCAGCAGCUAUUCGGUCACAGCCAACAGCUUCCCCGCUGCCACCGCAUCGGAGCAGAAGAGGGCUGUGCCACCCACGUAUGCCGAUCUUGGCAAAUCUGCCAGGGAUGUCUUCACCAAGGGCUGUGGAUUUGGCUUAAUAAAGCUUGAUUUGAAAACAAAAUCUGGCCGGUCCCAAGUGACCCAGAGCAACUUUGCAGUUGGCUACAAGACUGAUGAAUGCCAGCUUCAUACUUUUUUUUUUUAAAAUGUUUUAUACACUUUUGGCGGCUCCAUUUACCAGAAGGUGAACAAGAAGUUGGAGACCGCUGUCAAUCUCGCCUGGACAGCAAGAAACAGUAACACGUGCUUCGGAAUAGCAGCCAAGUAUCAGAUUGACCCUGACGCCUGCUUCUCGGCUAAAGUGAACAACUCCAGCCUGAUAGGUUUCGGAUAUACUCAGACUCUAAAGCCAGGUAUCAAACUGACACUGUCAGCUCUUCUGGAUGGCAAGGACAUCAAUGUUGGUGGCCACAAGCUUGGUCUAGGGCUGGAAUUUCAAGCAUAA